CUGGCAACCCGGGACUCAGUCAGGACCCAGUUGCUGUUGGGAGCGGACGUGGUUGGCCUCCUUUUUCCAGCACAAAGCUAAACAGGAAAAGCAGUACAAAAACGCCAAUAAGAGGACCUCAUAAAGCAUAGACGUCCCAGUUCCUCAACCAGUCUGAAACUCCGUCACUCCUUCACUCCCAAUCCUUUCCUACAACUUCCAGCAAUUAAAAAGUCAAAAGAUAUAUAGGCAAGGCUAACUAAUAUAGAACAGCACCCACCUCAAACAAACAAACAAACAGAGAAGCAAACAAACAACCACCUAUAACCACCACCCAAUCGAACCCACCACCCACCAUAUCCUGUCCAGCAAAAGCACGAACAGAAAUCACCUUGAAAAAGACAAUCGUUGGCGUGGAGCGAGGAGCCCGAGCUACACCAAAUCAACAAGUCGUAAAUUAGCUGUGAAUUAGCCCCCACACCCAGGAAUCACUACCAGGAUACGAAAAUGGCGCGGCGCAAGGACAAGCCGCGCCUGAUACCCGAGCAGGACAAGCGCAUCUGUCGCGCCAUCUGCCUCUGCCAGCUUACAAUGGUGCUGUCCUGCGUGUCCAUCGUCUACCUGAGCGUGGCCAUCUACUCGCCCUCCCUCAAGUGGGUAUAUACCUGGCCACCACCUCCUAUCAUAAAAAUAUGUAUUAUAUAUAUAGAAACCAUAAAUAAUAAUCCACGUUUUAGGGCCUUCAAAUCGGGCUUUGAGCACGACCCGGUCAUGUGCCAGACGGUGGACCGCCAGAUGCCCAAUAACUGUCCGUGGGCCUCUUGCGGUGAAUGGUGUUUAACCAGGACCAGCGGUUUCUGCCCCCAGAUUCACUCGGUGGUGCGAAGGAAUGGCACGGAUAUUCAGCUGAACAACUGCACAAGGGUCACAAACACAUCCUGUGCACAGAUUGACAUGAGUCGCCUGAACAAGUUUAACUGCAACAAUGGCACUGCCUGCAAUAACAUUCGCGGGGUCUUCAACUGCUCCAAUGGUCACUGCAAGAACAUGUCCGAGUUCUUCCUGUGCCACCACAAGGCCGAUGGACAUACGAUCAAUUCGCAGAAGGACAACACCAAGCUGAAUGGUUUCUUCGAGUGUCACGGGGUGCACUGCACCAAGAUCAAGAAGCCCUUUAACUGCGAUCGCUACUGCUCCAAGAUAACCACCGCCAAUGUCAACACCUUGAUCAUGCAUGAGGACAAUGUCAUUGCUGCUGAUUGCGAGAACGCUGUGGCCUUCAACCAGGCCCGCGGUUCGGAGCAUGGUGUGCGCAUUGAGCCCACCGAAUUCUGGAAGGAGGACGAUGGCAACCUGUUGACCAACUGUGCCACCGUCACCCGCGAGUCCGACAACCGCAUCACUGCCACGGAUUGCCUGAAUGGAACCCUGCUGGAGCACGACACUUUGCCCGCCCCCUUCAUGAACUUCACCCAGUUCUGGGCCAUCUAUGAGAACAGCACACGGUCGGUGGACCCAGAGCAGAGGUAUCUGCCGAACCAGGCCAACCUGACCAUUUACCCCUGGAAGAAAUUGUUCAUCAACCUGGAGGGCUGCGUUAAUACGCUUCGCGGCGAAUGCAAGGACUUUGUGGCUCGCUAUGGCAACGAUGGCGACAACAACACGGCCCAGUCACGCUAUCAGUGUUACUAUAACAAGGAUGCGAAUGUGGAGUUUGUGGUGGCACGCUACGACCUGGAUAAGGUGUACAGGGAGCUCCUGGUAUCGCUUAUAGUGCCCAUUGUCCUAUUUGUGGUCUCCUCCAUUUCGCUGUGCAUCAUCACCAAGUCCGUCAAGGUGGGUGACGAUGCCAAAAUGCGUUGCGUGUGUGCCGGCGAUGACUCGGAUAACGAUGAGGUCUUUGGCCCCGGAUUGGCCGGCAACAAGCCACAAGACCAAAUGUACGACACGGACGACGAUGUGGUGUGUGACCUGGAGCAUCAGGCCGUUGGCGGUCAGGAGCUCUCGGACCAUGGACUGCCUCUAGACAGCCACGAGAUGAUAGGCAGCACCAAGUCGCUCAUACCGCUCAGUCCAGCCGGAGACUCCGGAAACACUGAACAGAACUUUGACCAGGAUCAGGACCAGGAGAAGGCCACCACCUGCGAUGUGCCCGAGAAGCCGCUGGUCAUACUUUAAGCGAACAGAGAGGAUGGAUUCCUAGGAGGACCAGCACCAAACUUUAAGAACCUGCGACCAUUGUACAAGGGGAACUGAAUUUAAAUUCUACUCAGCGCAUUUAUACAACGUUUACACGGCAGAGGAUUGGAAAGGAUCUUAACUUUUCUUGGUUAAAAAUAAGGAUAAUCACACAUACUCUAUAUAUAUAUAUACAGCGGCGAGAAAUAUGUAUAUCCCCCGGCAGACAACGAGGCAAAACUCCCAAGAGCUUUAUUUAGAAGAAGAACCAAAAUCGAGAAUCCCCCAUCUACUAACAGUUCCAAAAGAUGCGCCUUAGACGAUUUGCAUUUAUAUAUAUAUAGCAUAUACUGACAUCUGCGGAACCAGAAAUCAAAACACCAGGACAGACCAAAAAAGCGAAUCUCCUCUAGAAAUAGGAUUCAUCCGCCACUCGCCUUAACUCUUGACUUUGUAGCUAUGCAAUAUUCAACAUUUUCUUACUAGUUUAGCCGAAGGAUGAGCGGUACCUACUUAUAUCUGAUGUAUCUGAUACUUAAAUACUCGUAUUAUAGCAAAUAAAACACCACUCGAAACUCUC